CCCCCUCCCCCUGUGCUAUGCACGUCAAGACGUUGUGCAUUUGUCUCUUUUCUAAUCCAGAAGCAGGGAGUGACCUCUGCUGAUCUCACCUCACCCAGCCGGCCAUGCAUCGGGCCUGGAGUUGCAAUGACUGACUGGGCUGUGCUUCCUUGCCUGCUUGCCCGCUUGCUUGCUCGUCAUGCCCCGCCAAAGCUUCCACCCUCACCCAUCACAGUGCCCGAAUGCCCAACUCGCUCAUAUUCCCAUUCCCACAUGUCGCUGACGACGACGCCUUGGUCCCGACCCGCACCCAUAGUGGCCCUGCUAUCCCAUGUCUAA